AAACACUCCUUCACUCCUCGCCUCCCUCCUCCCCUUCUCCCCCCAUCAGGUGGCAGUAGCCUCGGAUCACACCCAUCUGUGGCACGCGGUGCAGCAGCCAUUCUUUGUCUUCACGCCCUGCCAGAGUACAGCCUUCCCCAACAAGACACUCAACGGCACUCGACUCGCCCUCUUGACCAGGUGUGUCGCCGCCCUCUGUUCAAAGGCUCCUGCUUCCUCUGACCUGCUCUACCCACCUCUUUCAGUCGCACUCUUCCCUUCCUCAUACAAGGCCACCAGAGAAUACGGCCCACCUCCUGCUUGUUCUUUUCAGCCCUAUGGUGCCCAGCUUCCCAUCAAGCUGAUGCAUUGUAAGCCGUACGGAGUGGAGUUUCUGAUCGAAACGGUGCUCAUGCCCCAUAGGUGGAACGAGUUUGAUGCUGAGAUGGCGGCUUCUUGGAAGGCCGUCUGCCUGGCAGUGGCGAACACGCCUCUCCGCGACUCUGACCUUCCCGCCUAUCGCAAGGCCGUGCAGGACAGCAUUCUCAGAAUGGCAUACUACUGGUACAACUUCAUGCCCUUGGCACGCGGCACAGCCAUGACAGGCCACGUCAUCACGCUCGGUCUGCUCCUCGCCAUCGACCUGCACGCCUCCCAGCCCAUCCCCCCUAACGUCCAGGUGGACUGGGAGUCCAUCCUGUGCCCCUCAGCCGCUCUCUUCCUCCGCUCCGUCUCCUCCUGGCUCUACCCUUCUCUCAACCAUGAGCCGCGCCUGAAGGAGCUUCUGAGUGUUGAAGAUGCAUUCCCUUCCCUGGGUGACGUGGUGGAAGUGCUUAGUGCUGCGGUGGGGGAGGAGGGAGAGGAGAUUGGAAAGGAGAGGGGAGAGGAUGCGGGUGAAGAGGGGGGAAAGGAGGGGGGAAUGCACGGGAGAGAGGAAGGGGGAGAGGAGGAAAGACGAGGAAGCAGGGGUGGAAAGCAACGGCGUGGAGGGGCGUUGGAAGGAAGGGAUUUGGUGUCAGGAGACGAGUUUAGUGAAGGGUCAAGCAGUGGGAGUAAGCAGAUGGAUGGGGUGCGUGAGAAGGAAUUGGAAGGAAAUGUGGCUGAGGUUAAGGCUAAGGGUGGGGAGGAGAGUGAGUCUGGGGAGAGGGAGGAGAGUGAGGGUGGGAAGAGGGGACGGAGAGGGGGACGCAGGGCACAGAGGGAGAAGGAAAGAAGGGAGAGGGAAGAGCGGUUGCGAGAGGAGAAGAGAGCAAGCGAAGGGAAAGGGGAGGAGCGAGUUAGUGAAGCCAGAACCGAGGGGAAAGAGGGGACGCAGGAGCUAGAGGAGGAGGCUGAGAGUGAGGGAGGUGGGAUAGGAGGCAAAGGGAGAGGGUUGGCAGGCGGUGAUAGGGAGAGGGGAGGGGAGUCAGAUGAGGACGAUAGGGCAGGAGACCGAGGUGGUGAGACAGCAGACCGAGGUGGUGAGACAGCAGUGGAGGAAGGGAUGGAGAAGAGGGGGAGGAGAGGGAGGGGGCGGAGAGAGGAGAGGAGACUGAGGAGGGAGAAAGGGGAGGAACGAGAGGAAGAGGGGAGUGGUGUGGAGGAGCAUGAGAACAAGGCAAAGGGCAAGGGGGACGUAAAGGUAAUCACUGCGGGCACAUCUACUAUCAAGGACAAUGAGAAGGACGUGGAGAGGGAGAAGGAGAGGGAGAAGGAGAAGGAGAAAGAGAGGGAGAAGGAGAAGGAGAGGGAGAAGGAGAAGGAGAAAGAGAGGGAGAAGGAGAAGGAGAGGGAGAGGGAGAAGAAGGAGAGGGAGAAGAAGGAGAAGGGACACAAGAGAGAGAAGAUGGUAAAGGAGAAGGGAGAACAAGAGAUGGCGGCAGCUGCAGAGUCCAGGCGGAAUUCAGCCAAGGGGAGAGCUGGUGCCCGUCCAAAGAAGCGGUGGGGCAGCGAUGUGACUCUCGAAGCAGCAGUGGGGCUGGUGAGUGGCAGUGGGGGGGUGAGUGGCAGUGGGGCUGGUGAGUGGCAGUGGGGGGGUGAGUGGCAGUGGGGCUGUGGGGGGGUGAGUGGCAGUGGGGGGGUGAGUGGCAGUGGGGGGGUGAGUGGCAGUGGGGGGGUGAGUGGCAGUGGGGGGGUGAGUGGCAGUGGGGGGGUGAGUGGCAGUGGGGGGGUGAGUGGCAGUGGGGGGGUGAGUGGCAGUGGGGCGGCGCAAGCAGGCAACUACGAGGCUGCAAUUGAAGCAUUUGCACAGCUGGAGGAGCAGGGCGAGGAGGAGUCUGCAGGGCUGCUGGCGUGGAGGGGGGCGGCCAACUCCCUCACAGGCCGCCACACGCAGGCCAUCACUGACCUCACCAAGGCCUUGAAGAUCAUUCCAUCGGAUCUGCCCAUCCACCAGCAACUGCUGCAGCACCGCGCCGUCUCUCACCUCAGGCUGCAACGGUUCUCUGAGGCUAUAGCGGACUGGACUACCAUGAUUGCUGCCGACCCGAGCAAUGUCGCUGCCAUUCGUGAGAGAGGCAUGGCUCGUGUGAACAGCAGGGCUUUCAAGGACGCCAUUCCGGACCUCACCACCGCACUGCACCACUCUCCACACGAGCACACCCUCCGCCUCUUCCUGGGCAACACAUUGUACCACAUGGGGCGACGGUCAGAGUCAGCGGCAACGCCGCAGGUGGUGGUGCGUGCGGAUCCACAAAAGGUGGCAACGCCUUAUACCACAUGGGGCGAUGGUCCGAAGCAGCAGCAGCGGGGGGAGGCGUGGCGCGUGCUCACUUCUCUCCCUACUGUUAUCAUUCCCCUCUGCUCUUCCCCAGGGCAACGCCUUAUACUACAUGGGGCGGCGGUCAGAGGCAGCAGCAGCGCUGCAGGCCGUGGUGCGUGCAGAGCCGCAGCGGGGGGGGGGCGUGGCGCGUGCUCACUUCUCUCAACUGUUAUCAUCCCCCUCCCACCUAAUCUUCAGGGCAACGCCUUGUACCACAUGGGCCGCCGGUCAGAGGCAGCAGCAGCGCUGCAGACCGUGGUGCAAGCAGAGCCGCAGCGGGGGGAGGCGUGGCGCGUGCUGGGGGACGUGCGGAGGGACAUGGGGGAAGUGGGGGAGGCGGAGAGGUGCUAUGAGCAUGCGCUUAAAGAGUUCCCCAGUGAUAUGCCCACGCUGCACUCGUGGGUGAAGCUGCUGCAAUCCACCGGCAGGCACAGAGGCGACAAAUUCAUGGCAUCUCCCCACUCCUCUCCCCAUUCCUCUCUCCACUCCUCCCCCACCCCUCUCCCCACUCCUCCCACUCCCCUUCCCACUCCUCUCCCCACUCCUCUCCCCGUUCCCCUCCCCACUCCACUCCCGUUCCCUCUCUCCUCAACCAUCCCUCCACCAGGAGAGCUGGGCAUACCGCUAUCCACGAGAUGCGCUGCUCCAGGCAGGCUACAAGCGCAAGGCCCUUCUGUCAUUGCCUCGGUCUCCCAAGUCCUCUCCUCACUGCCCUCCCCACUCCUGAUUCCGCCAUCCCCUCACCAGGAGAGCUGGACGUACCGCUAUCCACCAGAUUCCCUGCUGCGGGCAGGCUACGAGCCCAUGGCUCUGCCGCCAUCUGGAGGACGGGGCAACGGCAGCACAUGCAGUGGGGAGGGCGAGGGGGCAAGGCUGGGUGCUGCCCACGUGGAGGCUGUUGAUUGGGCGGACCGGCUGGGCAGCCUGAUUCAGUACCACUGUGCUGGCUUCCUCAAUAACGGGCGGCAGCAAAGGGCAGCAGGGCUAGCCAUGCUGGCCAUCAUGCACGCACUCAGGCACGAGUGGGCCCGCCUUCUCGCCUCCUCGUCUCGCCCAGCCAGUGCCAGCAGCGGCGCUGACGUGGCGCUGACGUGGCGUGACGUGUACUCCAUGGCUGCCACGUGGCGGCAGGUAGCGGAACCAACGGAUAAAGUGAUGUGGUCCGAUCGAUACACGGAGAGUGGGUUCAACAAGGGGGUCAUCUCCAGCACCCCCAUCUCAUACGGCCAAUCGCUUAACUUCAAAUACGGCGCAUACGCCGACAGGGCGUUUGUGAUUCUGAAGCAGCUGCUGCUGGAGAGAGGAGUGGUGAAGGCGCAGGAUGGGCUUGUGGAGGUUCCACUCUCCAAGGCCGUGCUCAGAAAGGCGCGCAAGGCCAGCACCCACACGCAGCUAGCCGCGGCAGUCGGCCAACCCUCCUUCUACACGCCGUUGCUCAUCCCCAGCUCCGCACAGCCCGGGAAGCUUAUUGAAGGCACACGAAUAUCAGUGUUUCCUAAUCCCGACUCGCCCGAGCCCGAGCUAGCAAUCGAGCUCAUGCUCAAGCCGGAGCGGUGGAGGGAGUAUGAGAGGGAGAUGGACGCUGCAUGGCAGGCCAUCCGCCUGGCAGUGGUGAACACGUCUCUCCGCGACUCUGACUUCCCGGCCUACCGCAAGGCAGUUCAGGACAGCGUACUCAGAAUGGCCUAUUACUGGUACAACUUCCAGCCCUUGUCGCGAGGUACAUCAGGCACGGGUUACGUGGUAACGCUCGCUAUGCUACUGUCCAUGGACCUGCAAGUCACCACCGCCAUCCCUCCGGGCGUGCAGGUUGACUGGGAGGCGCUCCUCUCACCAACUCCCGCAGACUUCACAGCCGCCAUCUCAGAGUGGCUGUACCCGUCGCUCGCGUAUACUCCAGAGUUCCAGAUCCCACAGAUCAGUGACACGUUUCCAUGCCUUCGUGAGGUUUUCCUUGCUCUAGAGUAG